UUAGAAAAUAUUUCAAAUAUUUAUGAGCUAUUUGGGAAAUAAUGUCCUAUUUAUAAGUGCACACAUAUGCCGGGACAUUUUUGAUGUUUGGUUAAAAAGUUUAGGUAGGAAUUGUAGUGCAAUUGCAACAUCUUUGGUAUUAUUGUUCUAUAUAUUGUCAGAGCAACAUUUAAAUAUUUUGUCUUAUAAAAUAUUGUUUUUUAUCAGUAUGUGACACUAGAACAGGAAGAAUUUUGGUAUUAGACAACCACCCAAAUCCCUGUUCUUCUGUAUUAGGUACACACUUUGAAUUAUGGGCUGUACGGUUGUCUUGCAGCAAGAAGGUCCUGGGUUCGACUCCCGGGGAUCUUUCUGCAUGGAGUUUGCAUGUGCUCCCCAUGCACGCGUGGGUUCUCUCCAGAUACUCCUGCUUCCUCCCACAAUCCAAAACCUUGACUGUCAGGUUAAUUGGUCUCCCCGUAUGGAAGAAGCUGGUAUAGAAAAUGGAUGGAUGUAAAGAAGGCAUCAGUGAAGUACAUAAAAAAUGUACCUCUGGUGACCACCUUAAAAUACAAAUUACAAUCUGGAAGUUAAUAACCUGGGUUAUUUUGUGGCCAUGUCUUCAGUAUUUACAUGAAAAAAGAUAAACCUCAGUAGGUUCUAUUUAUUCCUCUCUUUUGACCACCCUGUCUUCUUAUUUCUGUGUUUUACUGCACAUAAUCUGGAAAAGAUUCUUCAUGUAACAGAUAAAUAGAUUUCUGCAUUGUGAAAUAAACUGAGGACUGAGCAGGUUUAGCACCGGAGCCAUGAACGUUACCUGGACCAGACUUUAGAAAAUACUUGUACAUUUAGUCAAAGUUAAUGUAAAACUCUAUUAGUCCUAAUUAAUCCAUGACAUGAUAAAAACACUGACCUUAGAGAUGUUAGAGUUGCAGGGCCCUGCUGGCAUGUGUUUAGCAAAGGAUCCACCUGACAUUCCGGAUAUUUAACAAUUAGAUCAUUCAGGACACGUCAGCUCCUUGUAAAGUUCAGUCUGAAGCAGAACCCCUGAUAUUUUUCUUUGUUCAAAGAGACAGGCCUAUGAUCAGGGUAACAAAGACAGACAGAGAUCAAAACAAGCAAAGAAAAGAAAGCUCAGAAGAGCUCAUGCUUCCAGUUGCCUAGGUAACUGGAUGAUGAUCAUUAAGCAGUUAGCUCACCAGAUACUACAGAGCAGUUGCCUUGACAUUAGGUGUGCCCGUGAAUGUGAUUCACCUGUAUUUACUAGUCGAGCUUUGUAAGAUGCUGAGGCUGCUUGUGUACGACUCCUUUGGCUCCAUAGAUUCCCCUCCAUUCCUUUUCCCUACACUGCUGCCUAUAAGUUAACCUUCAUCUCUGUGCUACCCUCUUCUGAACCAAACUUGCUUACGGAAAUCUCAGACUCACGCAUGGUUUCCACAAGGUGUGAAUCUGAAGAAAAAUGUGUCAAACGUCAACCUUCUGCUCCUCCAAAUCCUGUUGCAACCACUAAUCAUAAGUUCAGUUUCUGGACUGUCUUAUUUUGUUUACUGAGUAAUAAUAGCAGAGUAUAUGUACCCUAAGGUUUUUUUUUUUAUAUAUCAUGUCAAGGUAUAUAACAUGUUAUAUACCUUGACAUGAUUGAUAUCUCAGGACAAAAUGCUAAAUAUCCUUCUCCUGUGCAGUGUUUUGCAGUCUUAGAUCAACUUGAAACUGCAGUAUGUCAUUACUUAUUUAUAAGAGACUAAGCCUGAAGGCAGAAGCAGUAAGAGAAAUAAUAAGUCAGCCCUAUAAUUUACCUGCUGAUUUUACUAAAGUAACCAUCUUCUGUUUGAACUAACAUUUAGAUCAUUUCUGUGCCGCUCUCUGAAGCUACCUUCACUGUGUUUCUGUUGGAUUUAAGUCAUUAUAUUAGUGGUAUCUCGGACCUAAUUGGGUAAAACUUUUAAAAGGACAUAAUAUAGCCCAACCUACACUAAAUAUAACAAACAUCCAAAACUGCAUUAGAGGUAUAUGUGCGAGAUGUGCGGCCAAGAGAUCAAUCACAGUUUUUUCCACUUUUAUUUUAAGAUCCGAGGGUGGAAACUACAUGACUACAUUUAUUUAUUUUUCUUUCAUCCAGGUUUUAGUGUAAUGCAGAGUAUAUGUAUGUAUAUUGGAUACCUAUUGUUUUUUAUAUGAAAAGUGAAAAUACUGACCUCUAAAUCCCCUGUCUUGUUUUUUCCACCACUGGUUCAGUUAUGGCUGGUUUGGUUACUUUGUGGCCUGGAAUGCUUCGCCUCCAUUGGGCGUAUUUGCCUGUUUGCUGUAGGCAUUGCAGAUCUACCUGGACUAUACAUCCUAACGUGGAUUAGAUUUCUCAAUAUGUGACAACAAAAAUAACAUAAAUAAACAUAAAAUAAAAACAAGAAGGCAUUUUUGUGCUGUAUAAUUUGUGUGUUUUACCGGAGCAGAGAAAAUGGACGUUAUCAGUCGUUGGUGGAGUUUCCUCUCGGACAGGAAGUGGACUUCCUCUGCUUCCUGCAUUCCCCUCAUGCCCUGAGUGUUUAUGUGUGUGUUUUUGCCCCAGGAGAGGGCUCAGCAGUGUAGCAACAGUGUGACAAGAAUGACACACUGACAUUAAAAUUACUGAAACUUAUAGAAACAGAAAGACAGAAACAGGGAGAACAACUGAGAGACAGGACCUCCAACAUCUAAACACAAGCUGAGGACAAACCAGGAUUCUCUGACCCACUACAGGACCAGAGGAGACUUGCCUUAAUGGACUAUGAACCAAAAAAACCAAAGAAGGCUUUCGUAUCACCCAUUAAGCGGCUGGUCUGGUCCAAAUCUGGUCGUAGGCCUGUAGACAGAGGCAGUGUUUACCGCCGACCGCUCCACACUGUCCCCCUAUACCCACCGGAUUUCCUCAUCCACCCUGAGAGACUCAUCUUUGAUUAUGUGGAAAAGGAAGUAAAGUUCCUUGGUCACCUGACCUGGGUGUCAGUUUCACUAAAUCCAUCGAGCAGAGAUGAACUUCUGCAACUACUGGACGCUGCCAGGCAGCUGAAGGUGCUGCCGCUGAAGACAAGCACUGAUCAGGACUGUAUUCUAAGUCUGUCUGCUCGCUGUCUGCUGCUAACAUGGAGAAACAAUGAGAAGCUGCUGAUGAGGAUCCCCACACAUGAGAUCGCUGCUGCCUCCUACCUGCGAGAUGAUGCGCUACACCUUUUGAUCCUCAAGACAGGUCUCAAUGUGGAUUCUGUGGUUGCUGAUGAGGACAGCCUGGACAGAAAGAAAACACAAGGAGUCGAAGGGCGACGACAAACCAUGGCCUGCAAUGCUGAGUCACGACCAGCAGGAGGCACAAUGGAGCGCAGACAUACUAUUUGUGGAGUUGACUGGAGGCCAUCACUCUCCAGAAGUAACCAUGAUAAAAACCAAAAUGUGGAGAGAGGAGGGGGAGAGAGGGCCGGAGGAGGGAGUUUAGAGAGAAGGAGAGUGGGGGGGAGCUGGGAGAGGAGGCAGCAAACAAGGAAAACAGGUGGGAGCUGGGAAAACCGCAGAGCAAGACCUAUGAGUGGGAACUGGGGGGUAGGAGGAAGCUGGGAGAGGAGGCAUGGAGGUGGUGGAGGAGCAGGGAGCUGGGAGAGGAGGGGAGGAGGUGGUGGAGGGAGCUGGGAGAGGCGUCAAGCCUGCACUGGGAGCUGGGAAAGAGGUAAAAGCUAUGGCAGCUGGGAAAGAAGGAACUACAACCCACUGGAACCAACACCCUGUCCUGAUGCCUACUGCAACCUGGUCAUCCUGGCUGUUGAGAACAAGAUGUUCCAGAUCAUUUACGGGCACCAGACCAUUGAAUGUGUUGACAGGGCCGGAUUUCACCACACCAUGCCAGAUCGAUAUUGGCUUCAAAGAAGUGACAGCUGCCUGACUGACAUGUCCUACAGUUAUGAUCCAGAGUUUAGCUGCUGCAGUUCUUUCGAUGGCUCCCAGGAGGCCUUUGAGCUCUACUACAGUGAGACGUACAGCGAGGGCUCGUCUAUCUCGCUGCAGGACUCCCAUCGCAGCCUGGCAUCAACCAGUGAUGGAGCAGACAGCAACCCCGCCCUGCUGCUGAUGCAGGAGUACAUGAUCACACUGAGGAAUAAGCUAAAUCCACUGGAGCUGCAGCAGUUUGCAGUGCUGCUGAGAGAAUAUAGGCUGGGUUCAAACAUCGACCACUUCUGCUCAGAGUUGCUGCAACUAUACGGAGACGCCCAUAAAUUCCUGCUGCUGGGCAUGCGUCCGUUCAUUCCGGACAAAGACGUCGGGGCAUUUGAAACUUUCCUUGAAAGUAUCGGGAUCCGAGAGGGCGGGAUUUUAACCGACAGCUUUGGACGUAUUAAACGCAGCAUGAGCAACACCUCAGCCACGGCCAUGAGAGGUAGGUAUGACAAUGGCUCUCUAGCAACAGGGUCUCAGGAAUUUAAUCAACGCAUCUCUGACAUCACCCACAACAUCCAGACACUGGGCUUCCAGGACAUUAAUGGAGACAUCGAGGAGGAAGACUACUACCUCUGAUGGAGGCACAGGAAACACUGAAGACCCUGCUUGACCUGUGUCUGAGAGUCCCAGUGGGGCCAGGGGCCCAGAGGAGAAAUGGCUCCUGCUGAAAAGCUAUAAAUUGAUUGGCCCCCUGAAUUGAUGGCUUUACUCUACAGAUGAGAUAAUGUUAAGUAUGACGAAAUUCCUUACAUUUAUGCCGAUUAUUUGUUUAGAUCUUGAGGUAAUAUGAAAAUUAUUUUAAAAAUGUUUAAAAUUGCAUUUGUGAUAAAUUAUAAAAUCCCUUGAGACAUUAAAACAGCAUGUGCAAAAACAUUUAAAUUAAGUAAGAGAAAGAGCUACAGUGAAAAACACCUAGGCACACCUCAACUAAGGUUAAGAAAUGUUGGAAAUGCUCAAUAUUCCAAAUAUUUAGCUCUUUUAUCUGCUCCCACCUGGCCCCCAGGAUCGGGCACCUCUGAGGAAAAGCAGCAUUUCAUCCCUUUCUGUUUUAUUCAAUGACGGUCAUCAAAGGAACAGAAAUUGUCCUCUUUGCAUCAACAAAGAAACAAGAUGAGAAAUAGUGAACAUUUUUAUAUUGCCCAGCUUAUGCAACCUAAAAUCUGUUGUAGUUUUUCAUUUAAGAUAUAUUUAUUUAUGUGUCGUAUACAGUGAUAUUAAAACUCUACUGACGUUUUUAA